CCCAACACCACAAAGGCAUAAUUUCCCUGCCGCCAUAACCGGUUUGAGGAUUUUUCUUUUCCGGCUUCCUCUGGACUAGUGACGCCGUGACGGCGACGAACGUCUCUGUCUUCUCUCCGAUUCUCAGUACCAGUGAAUCCGUUACUCCGGAAUCUAUAGGCUCUUAAUUCGUGUUCUUUGCCCACCUCUCCUUUAGGAAAUUGCUGUCAAGAUGUCUGGUUUUCACUUUGAUGAUAUUGUCAAGGUCGUUCAAGUGGAUGCUGAUGGUAAAAAGUAUGACAAAGUUUCUCGGCUUGAUGCAAAGAGUCAAGAUGGUAAGACAGAUAUAGUGCUAGAUAUCAACUCGGAGCUAUAUCCUGUUAAGAAGAAUGAGUUGUAUAGGAUGGUGUUAUCACAAACUCUUGCUUUAGAUGGUUCAGCUACUGGUAGCAACCCCGAGGGCAAGAUGAAAUCGCUUGCGGACAAAUUUGAGUAUGUCAUGCAUGGACUGUUAUAUAAGGUUGCAGAGGAGUCAUCUAAAGUGGUGGCAUAUAUUUCUUUUGGAGGACUUCAACUGAAGCUGAGCAGUGAGCCGCUGAACAUGCACAAAUUUAAGCUCGAUCAAAGGCUGUUUCUUCUUUUGAGGAAAAUGUGAAUUCUGUUAUAUGAACUAUCAUUAGUUUGGCGGCUCUUUUAGAAAAAAAAAAAAACAAUUUUACUAGGAAAGAGUCCUUUCUUUUGUAAUGGUACAUGGUUGAAGAAUAUUAGGCUGUUAAAUGCUAAUCUAUUUGUACACUUUCCCCGCUAUCUUAUAUAUGAGGUUGCCUUUGAACUA